AUGGCUCUGUUUCGUCUGUCUCUUCUGGGGCUGGCCGGUAGUGUGGCUGCUCAGACGCAGUACACCAGCACCGCGCCCGCCGCUGUGGCUAAGGCUGCGGCCACCGCCCUGACUGAGUCCCCAACAAGCAAUGUGGCCGGGAACACUUUCGACCGUUUUGUCCAGAUCUUCCUGGAGAACACGGACUACAGCCAAGCUAUCAAGGACCCGAACCUCGCCUACUUGGCAAGCCAAGGCAUCAGCUUGACCAACUACUUCGCCAUCACGCACCCGUCCCAGCCCAAUUACGUUGCCGCAGCUGGUGCCAACACCUUUGGCAUUUCCGACGACAACUUCCACCGCAUCAGCUCCACCACGAAGACGAUCGUGGAUCUGCUGGAAGCCAAGGGCGUCAGCUGGAGCAUCUACCAGGAGGACAUGCCCUACUCCGGCUUCGAGGGCAACUGGGUCAACCAGGUGACUGGGGCGAACGACUACGUUCGGAAGCACAACCCCCUGAUGAGCUUCGACUCCAUUACUUCGAACACUGAUCGGCUGGCCAAGUGCAAGAACUUCACCAUGUUCAACCGUGACCUCGCCGCAAACAAGCUCCCCCAGUGGAUGUUCAUCACCCCGAACAUGACCAACGACGGCCACGACACGUCCGUCACGGUUGCCGGCCAGUGGGCGCGCAACUGGCUCACCCCCUUGCUCUCCAACCCGAACUUCAACAUCCCCCGCACGCUGGUCAUCCUGACCUUCGACGAGGGCAGCACCACGGGCACCAACCAGAUCUACGCCGUGCUGCUGGGCAGCGCCGUGCCCAGCGCCAAGGUUGGCACGACCAACAACACUCGCUACAACCACUACAGCCUGACCAAGACGGUCGAGCUCAACUGGGGGCUCGGCAGCCUCGGCCAGAACGACGUGGGCGCGAGCGCGUUCUUCUGA